AUGCGCAUCCUCCAGACCAACUUAGGACGGUCGAGAAGAGCACAAGACCUGCUCUACCAAACGGUACGAGAGAGCGCGGUCGCCCUAGCAGUAGUGGCCGAACCAUAUAGAGUUCUGGAUGCCCCGGACUGGACCGGAGAUGCAGACGGAAUGGUAGCGGUCACCUGGACAUCAACGCCGGGGGCGCACACAUACGGAGUCCCGCUGGAGCGCGGGAACGGAUACGUCGCGGUCGAGUGGGCAGGGAUGGUGGUGGUCGGCGUGUACGUAUCACCCAACAGCGGAUGGGCAGCGUUCGAGGAGUUCCUGGACGGGAUUGGCGACUGCGUCAGACGGCACUUUCCCCGGAGGAUACUGGUGCUAGGAGACUGCAACGCGCACUCAGCGGAAUGGGGAAACCCCAGGACCAACGCGCGCGGCCGCGCGCUGUCAGACUGGGCCGCGGGACUUGGGCUCCUGCUGGUGAACAGGGGCACGACCAGCACCUGCGUGACGUGGAGGGGGAACUCAGUCGUUGACAUCACUUGGGCUUCCCCUGACACAUUCACAGGCUGGAGAGUAGCUGAAGGGAUCGAGACACUCUCGGACCACCUCUACAUAUUCAUGAAGGUGAAAGGCAUGCCUGAACCUGGAACGGUGACCGCCGGUAAUGGCCGCGACACACGGAGAAGAGGAAGUGCGCGCCCACCACCAAGGUGGAAAAGCAAGGAGAAGGACGGAGAUCUACUUCGAGCGGCUGCGACAGUGGCUGCCUGGAACUGGGAGGCACCGAUGACCCAGACAGAAACAAGCGUGGAGGAAGAGGCUGAGAACCUCCGGCGAGACAUGACGGCAAUCUGCGACGCGUCCAUGCCACGAACCACGCUGGGCACUGGGCGGAGCAGAGCCGUGCACUGGUGGACCCCCGACAUCGCGGAGCUGAGGGCGAGAUGCGUCCGGGCACGAAGACGGUACCUGAGGGCCCGCAGUUGGCGACGACGGAACGAGGAAGAAGUCCCACGGCGGUACCAAGUGUACCGCGUGCUGCGGCGCUCGCUGCAGAAAGCCAUUACGGCCGCGAAGAACCGUGCGUGGUCGGAACUGGUUGAAGCGGUAGAGGCCGACCCAUGGGGAAGGCCAUACAAGACAGUGACGCGGAAACUUCGCGCGAAGGGUCCCCUGGCAACGGCGGAGAUGGAACCGGAGCUGCUGCAGCAGAUAGUUGAGACGCUCUUCCCGUCGCAAGAGGACAGUGCAGCAGAACAGCUGCAGGACACAGCCUGGACAGGGGAGUGGACGGACGAUUGGUAA